UAGUUGUAAGUAUUAUGUUAACCAUUCGCUUUGUAUGUUAUCAUUGUACUGAAAAGAAGAAGACUCAAAUAAAAUAUACUAUACUAUAGCGUCGAGUUAAUUAUUCUUUUGAAAAAAAGUUAUAAAAUCUUUUUUGCCCUGUGAAGGUCAUGAAAAUAAAUUAAUAAUCCAACUGCAAAAUGGAGACUGUAUUGUUGACCAAUAUAAAAAAGUUAUACGAAAAUGAGUUGUAUGGCAGUGUAAUUACCGCUUCAAGUUUGCUAAAUACCCUUUUGCAAAACGAGCGCUCACUGGCCACUCCGGAAAUCGAGUACAAUGUAUUGUUAUUUCACGCAAAUUCAUGCUAUCAGGAGAAGCAAUAUCGGAUGGCCAUAAAACAGUUCAAUGCUGCACUUCUGAUGCGUAAAUUUAUGUCGCGCUAUAAAAAUGCACAUUUAACAACAAUAGAAAGUACUUAUGAACAUUUUGGCGAAACUGAGACACGUUAUCGCCUGGCCAUGUGUCACAAACAUUUGGGUGAAAACUCACAGGCUAUAAGUGCACUACAAGCAUUACCCGCAAAGGGAAGAUCGCCAAAAGUACAUUUAUUAUUGGCCAAGUUAAUACAUCAUAGUGGUUCCAAUUCAAGUGAAGCUAUAUUAAAUUAUAAAGAGGUCUUGCGUGAAUGCCCAAUGGCAUUGGAAGCCAUAGAUGCGCUAUUAGAAUUGGGAGUUGAUGGAAUUGAAGUUAAUUCUUUAGUUAUGAAUGCAAGCACCGUUCCCAAAAACAUUGAAUGGCUUAGCACCUGGAUAAAGGGUCACGCCCAGUUGUAUAGUCGUAAACAUAUGGAAGCAUCUAAAACUUUUCAAAGUAUUAACAACAAAACCAAAUUCCACCAGAAUGAAAAUCUCAUUACUCUCAUUGGCAAAUGUUUCUAUUACUAUGGAAAUUCCACACAGGCCCAACAUUAUUUAGAGACAGCGGUCAUGUUGAAUCCCUACAAUUGGGAAGCAAUAAUGCCAUUGGCAGUUGUCUUCGAAUACAAUCAAAAGUUACAAGAGUUGGAAAAACUUACCGCUCAGUUAACAAAUAUUCAUGAGUUUACAUCGGGACAUUGGUUUGUGCUGGCACAAAGUUUCUAUGCGAAUGGAAAAUUGGAUAAGGCAGCUUCAUUUGCCAACAAGGCUUUGUCGGUGAAUCCGCGUAAUGUUGAGGCACAACUGCUGAGGGGUAAAAUUUGCCUGCAAAUAAGACGUCACAAAGAUGCCAUUUAUUUCUUUAGAUCUGCUCAGUGUAUUGCCAAUUAUCGUUUUGAAGUUUAUAAGGGAUUGUUCCAUUGCUACGUUGGCAUGAAAAGGGCCAAAGAGGCACAGACAAUGUGCGCUCUAACAGUGCGUUACUUUAGAGAAUCUCCAAGGAGUUUAGUGAUGUUUGCCCGUACUCUGGUCAACUCCUCUCAUCCCAAUGCUAAAAAGAGUGCUAAGAAAGUUGUUGCCAAGGCUUUGGAAAUAGACGAACACUAUGCCCCGGCCGUGGCAUUAAUGGCUGAGCUUUGCCAUUCGGAGGGUGAAACCCAAGAGGCCAUUGCUUUGCUAAAGAAACAAGUUAUCAUCUAUCCCCAUUACAAGUUGUUUACCAUGUUGGGCGACAUCCUAGCCCAAGAAAAAGAUCUCAAUGCUGCUUUGGAAUACUAUACAACGGCUUUGAGUAAUGAACCCACAUAUCAGAGAGCUUUGGAUGGUGUUAAUGCCCUGGGCAAAGCACAAUGGUCGUCAAAUACAAAAAAUGAACAGGACACAUCGAUGACAUCUUCAGCCAAUCAGGACGAUGAAUGGCCAAUCGAAUGUGAUGAACCGUCGGUAGAGGCUGUGGAGUUAUCCUCGCCGGCUGUCCAAAAUGAUGAUGAUGAAUCGGAUACAUUUUCAGAUCCUUUCUGGCAAGAUGUAAAUGCCGAAUUAACCAACUAGUCUUAAGAAAAGUGCUUAGCCAUUAUUCAAGUAUUCAUUCCUUUUUGCCCUAUAUUGUUUUCAUUUCUAUACUAUGUUUCAUUCACGUCCUUUAUAUACUCAAUAUUAUCUAUAAGAAUGAGAAGAAUUUCAUUAUUUGUUUGAAAAAAAAAAUACAUCUUUUGUUUAAAAUUUUGAA